CGUUAAUUGACAGCCAAAAGACACUGUGGAGUAAUUUUGAUAUUAACAUGAAGCUACCUACCUCAAUAAAUUGCAGCUUGGAGGAAGGACACAAUCUACACGUUACGUAAUCCAAGCUGAUAAUAAGCCUAUUGCUGCCCGGCCGUGGCGCUAGGUUAUAGACUACUACAGUUCUGAGAUAUAGGAACCCUCCGUGGUAGGUCACAGUGCCGCCGGCCUUUUAAAAGUUUUAGCUUUACUACUCGUGUACUUUCUCAUGUACAUAUUAAGCCUUGGAGCUAACUUUGCAAAUCUGGACGGUCGGGAACACUGUCGAUACGCUAAUUCUCAAAUUAGUUUGCAUAAUUUUGAAGGAUCUAACUGUUUUCUUUGCUGUAACAUUACAUUUCGUGUGAGGGAUGAGCUUGAAAGUUUACUUCGACUUGAUGUCUCAGCCGUCGAGGGCGGUCAUGUUGUUCUGUAAAGUCAACAAGAUCCCUUUCACGCCAAAACCUAUUGCAUUGAGAAAGAAUGAACACCAUAGUGAGGAAUAUGGUCGCAUUAAUCCAUUCCGAAAAGUUCCCGCAAUUGAAGAUGGUCAUUUUAAACUGACUGAGAGUGUUGCGAUAUUGCAGUACCUUGCUGAAAAGUACAAGGUACCUGACCAUUGGUACCCUAAGGACUUGCAAGAACGAAGCAAGGUACAAGAAUACUUGGCCUGGCAGCACAUGAACACACGUAUGCACUGUGCGACCGUCUUCACCCAUGAGGUGGUUAUACCCAGGGUCACCGGAUCACCACCGGAUGAAGAUGCGCUUCAGACACUCGUCAACAACAUGCACACCACACUCACCGCUUUGGAGGAGGUGUUCCUGAGGGACAAACCCUACCUGUGUGGAGACAAAAUCAGCAUCGCUGACUUGCUGGGAAUCUGUGAGGUGGAGCAAGUAGUAGGCUGUGGUAGGGACGUCACGGCUGGUCGCCCGACUCUUCAAACGUGGAGCAAUCGCAUCAAGACAGAGCUUAGUCCCUACUUUGACGAAAUUCACAGCUUCAUUCACAGCCUGAGAGACAGGAACAAGAAAAAUUGAACCCAGACAGCUGAAAACAACAUGGCCACGUUAAACCGUGCAUAUUGAACAGAUGACAUGUCAGCAGAUGCCCUUGCAGUACAUUGCUUCAAUGAACGGACAUUCACAAUGCACAGAUGGCUAAGGAACAAGUUCCUCAUUUAACCACUUCGCACUGGGCCCAUUUAUCCAUGUUGAUUCUGUUGGCCCGGUAGACUUUUCAUU